AUGGCCAUUUGGGUUAUCCUUUUUAGCUUGAUCAUUUUUGACUUAUUUUAUGCUUUGAAAUUCUUAUCUCCUUCUUGAAAUGAUGAAAAACUCAUAUAUAAUUGCUUUUUCUUAUUUUUUAUCAACUAUAUCCCUUUAGAGCUUUUUGAAGCCUAUAAAAACGAAAUUUAUAUCUUUGAAGAAAAUACAUUUGUCAUUAAUAUCAAUCCUAAGGACUAUUUACUAAUUUCAUGGAACUGAUUUCUCAGUUUUCUCAAAUAUUCAAGCAUAAUUUAUUGAUAUGGAUUUUGGGUUACAGGAUUUAUGGCUCUAGUUGUAGUAUAUAAACAUUCUGAAAUAAAGCCAGCAUAUAGAUCAUCCUUAUUUGCAGUAAUUAAUUCUAUUUUUUACUUGCUUUAUUUUAUGUUAGCUAUUUUACGCAGCAAUGAAUACUUACUCUGCCACUUGUUUUGAUCAAGGAUAGGAUUUUAAAAAUUUUUGAAAUAUAUAUUAUUUUUAUUAUGCUGUAUUUUUAAAUAAGAGGGUUAAAAUAGUAAAUAUUAAAACUAGUCAAUAAAAUUGUCUAAAUUUAAAAAAUAUCUCUACUCCUUAUUAAUUAUUUUUAAUUAAUAAUAAUUCUAAACUUUUUAGAUUAGUAAGCUUUUAAUGGCUAAAACACUUUGGAUAUUUAAUUUCAUGCAGAUUAUUAAGAAAAUACGCAAAUUACUAUUAAACUGUUAAUUUUCAUCAAUUAUAAUAAGAUUCAUUGUAAAUUAAAGUUUGCAAUAUAUAAAAAUUGUUUAGUCAAGAAUGGGGUUAAUUUCCCAAUUUUUAGGAAUUUUUCACCGGAAUCGUUCAAUUAAGGACCGGGGGUUAACAUUGUAUGUAAUAUCUAUCGGAAUAUCUAUAUUAACACUUAUUAACUUCCGUAGCGAGAAAAAUUAUCAGAAAUAAUUCUAUAUUUUUUGAAAAAUCAAUGCUUCUUUUUUAAGAAAAUUUUUUUUAAUGUUUUUUAUUGAUAUAUUUCAAUAUAUAAUUAAUAAUUAUAAUAAAGAAAUUGAAGAAAAUUAUAUACCCCGGAGCUUAUUUUGAAUCAUCCUGGGCUAUAAGACGCUCGUCCAACUUGGUAACAGAUAUUUUCUGAACCAACUCUACCAGUUGAUGGGGCAUCAAUAACCUAGGGUGAUUCAAAAGAGACUCUGGGCUAUAUUAAAAUUUUAAAACAGUUAGAUUUUAAACAUUAAUUUUAUAUUUAGGCUAUUUAAAAAACAUUUUUUAUGAAGUCUUUUAAAAUCAAAUUUUUUAAAUCAUUAGUAAGGUGGAAAUAAGCUUAUUCACUAUAACUUGAAUAAACAAUAUUUAUUUAUUCUUAUGAUAGUUGCAACAAUUUUAACACUAAAGCGCACUUUUUACAAUAACUUUGAUAUAUUUGAUAUUUCAUGAUCAUUGCUUAUUUUUUGUUUUUCCGCUUUAUUAGUGUAUACACUGAGUUUUUAUUUUCUUAUGUCUUAUGCAUGUGCCUUUGCUUUUCUUGCAUGAACUUGAGCUGAAGUUCAAGAAAAACGCAAAACACUCAUUCAUAUCGAACAGAGUUUAUUGAAAAUAUCCAAAAUAAAGGCUCUAAUUGUAUUUUUUACAUAUGCCAUGUAUCUAACUUAUAAUUUAGUGACAAACUUAUGAGGAGAACUUUGGGUUUUAAAAGAAAUAAUGUUUAUUAUUGCCGCAGAUGGGAUUGCAGGAGGCUUAAUUUAUCCAGAAGAUGGAAACUCCAGUCGCACUUCUCAGGACUUCUUAAAUUUUUGCUCAGUUUAUUGCCAAGUUUUAACAUUUAGGGCUAUUUUUAGAGUGAUUAUUUAA